UAAAAACUCUACCAUGUUAUUUUUUAUCUGUAUAAUGCAUGCAUGUGCAGUUAUGUCAGAAGUCACGGAUUCACAUAAGAGGUGCGGAUUGUCGUCUGGUCUUCAUACGUGCAUAUAUUUUCAGGACUGCAGUUGUGAUAUUUUUCAGUAUUUGAGACCCGGUCGGAAACAUCUCCAAUGUUUUCCUAUAGAAGAAGUAGGCGCUUCGCCCUAUCGUCGGGCCGCUCGAGAACAUGGAUGGAAACCUCCUCGUUCUCUUCGUCAAGGUUUCGACUGAGAAAUCUGUAUGGGAGGAACGUCUGGGUGUGUUCAAAUCAUCAUCAAAGUAACGAUGAUGAAGAUGUUGCUGACUCAAACGUUCUUCAAGUUAUGGAAGUCGACCUUGACAUUCGUCACAAUACGCAUGAACACCACACAAACGAGUUUGACAUCACCGAUUCCCGCGUAUACGAUUCCAGGGAGGUCUUGGUCAUACGGCGUGGUCAAACGUUUCUUGCACACGUGACUUUUAACCGCGUGUUUGAUCCCAAGAAAGACGACUUGAGACUAGUGUUUGAAUAUGGGAAAUGUCCCAUAGCAUCAAAGGCGACAAGGGUUGAACUUAUUUUGUCGGAUAAAGACGUGAAGAACGAAUGGGGAGCUUGGAUCGAGUCCAGUAAAGACGCGUUGACGUCACUUCGAAUAAUGACGCCACCAAAAUUAGCCAUCGGGAAAUGGACGCUGAAAAUUGACGUCAUCAAGCGCGAGGACUCAAAUAAGACCACAUAUAGAUACGUGCACAAGGACCCAAUUUAUAUUCUCUUCAAUCCCUGGUGCAAAGACGACAGCGUAUACAUGAGUGACGAGAGCGGUAAACUGCUUGGGGAGUACAUUUUGAACGAGACCGGAAAAAUAUACGUGGGAAGCAGCAAGAAAAUCUCUCCAAGAAUGUGGGUGUUUGGUCAGUUUACAGGUGAUGUGCUAGAUUGUGCACUGUCCCUUCUAGACCAAGCAGGAAUUAAGGACCAGGCGAGGAGUAACCCCGUCAUUAUUGCAAGAAAAUUGUCGGCCCUGGUGAAUUCCUCCGAUGACAACGGUGUGUUAACGGGCAACUGGAGUGGGGACUAUACGAGCGGCACCUCGCCCCUGGAAUGGACAGGAAGUUGCGCCAUCUUAGAACAGUACUACCGCACCAAGGAGCCCGUCCGCUACGGACAGUGCUGGGUAUUCUCCGGAGUCCUGACUUCCGUUUGCCGAGCUUUGGGAAUACCGGCACGGAGUGUAACCAACUUCUCGUCAGCACACGACACUGACGGGAGCAUCUCGAUCGACAAACAUUUUAACACCGACGGUGAACCUCUUGAAGAAUACAACAGUGACUCAAUCUGGAACUUCCACGUCUGGAAUGACGUAUGGAUGGCACGUCCGGACCUGCCGGUUGGUUACGGCGGCUGGCAAGCUGUCGAUGCAACACCACAGGAAGACAGUGAUGGUGUUUACUGUAUGGGUCCGAUGUCACUGCGAGCUAUUCGGGAAGGAAAGGUGAGCCUGCAGUACGACGGUCCGUUCGUGUUUUCAGAGGUUAAUGCGGAUAUGGUAUAUUGGAUGGUCGGAGAGGAUGGAUCCAUGGAGAAAAGGGGCAUGAAUAAAAAUAGUGUUGGAAAACAUAUCAGCACAAAGAGUGUGACCGGUAUAGGCAACGCGACACGAUCAUCUAGAGAUGGGAAAUUGUGUAGCGAUGUGGAGAGGGAAGAUGUCACCGACCAGUACAAGUUUAAGGAAGGCUCGGAAGAGGAACGAGCGGCUGUGAGGGAGGCAAACAUCCACUCCACCGUGGCGGGCAUCUACAAAACCGCGGAAGAGGACGUCGAAUUUCAACUUAACUAUGACGUGGACACCUUCGUUGGCGAAGAAAUCAAGGUGACCCUGACCGCACGGAACAACAGCGCCGCUAAGCGGACCGUGAAGGGCACCCUGGUCCUUGGCACCGCCUACUAUACGGGCGUCUUCCACAAGGAGCUGCUGAAACAAAAAUUGGAUGUUGUCCUUGACCACAAAAAAGAAAAGGAGAUAGACUUCAAAGUCGAUGCCGGAAGUUACCUAGAAAACCUCGUGGACCACUGUAUGAUCACCAUCUCGUGCGUCUGUGUCGUCCAGGAGACCAGACAACACUUCAUCGACCGGGACGAGCUCAGGCUCAGGAAACCAACGCUCACUGUUAAGGCCCCAGAGUCUGCUGGCAAUGGGCAGAGUUUCAAGGUAGAUGUGUCGUUUGAGAACAAGCUUCCAGUUCCGCUCACCAAAUGCGAGCUGCGCGUGGAGGGACCGGGGCUGCAGAAACCCGUCAUCUAUAGACAAGCGGACGUGAAUGCCAAAGGAACGUUUAUCGCAACGUUUCAAAUGACGCCAGUAAAGAGUGGUAAACGUGAUGUUGUCGUCUAUUUCAACAGCCGUCAGAUCUCUGGCGUCACCGCAUGUCACUCUGUCUAUGUGAAAUAGCUGGUCUGAUUUCAUUUUUAACAUUUCAGAUAAGUUCAAUGGAACACGCCCAUGAUCACCUUAUUCAUGUUUCUUUCUCAUAAUGUGUUAUUUUCUUCUUAUUUUUUAAUAAAUGUGUGAAACCCUUAAGUGUAAUAGUGUAGGAACAAUGUAAAUGCUUCGACCGAUUUGUAAACUAAUAAACUCUAUAUCUUAAUCAUGCCAAAUUAAUUCUAUAGUAACCGUCAUCACCUUCAGGCGAAUAGGUUACUAGCCUUUAGAACCUUUAACCCUAACCUUAGCCCUCUCCCACCAUCGCCUUCAGAAUAAAGCAAAACAUUAACCUAUGAUGUAGUCGUAAGUAAUCUGCAAUCAUUGGAAAGUGUUUUCUCUCACUAAGUUUUCCAUACAGAAAUAUACAUUUUUCCACCCUGUAAUGCCAAGUAUGCAAUGUAAUGAAAUUGAUUUGGUAUGGCCUUACUGUGUAACGAGCUUUGGUAGUAUUCUGUGUAGUAUCUGAUGCGUUUAUCAUAAUGUUGCAUAUGUCUUCAAGAUUUACAUGUAAACACGAUUCUUGAACAUUUUGUAUUGUUAGUGUAAUUUGAAACUUUCACAUAUUUCAUACAACUGUUUAUAAUGUUAUAGUAGUAUCACAUUUUUAUAUAUAUUUGUGUGUUUAAGCAGACUUAUUAUAUCAAAAAUAUAUCUUACA